UGACAAGUACUAAAGCAAAGUGUACCCACCCUCGAUCUCUCCAAGACGAUCUCGCUCACCCCAGCUCAAGCAGGUGCAGUAGUAGCCGGAGCAGUUGUUCUCACAGCCCUCUUGAGUUUCGCGCUAUAUUUCUUAGCCAUGAAAAUCAAGAAGAGAAAGGAACGAGACAGUUAUUUGGACGAGAAGGAUGUUGCGAGUAGUCGGAAGAAACUGCCUUCAAGAUUAAGCUCAACGCUCCGUACCGGAAAUGCGAUGAUGAUCAAAUUCAAUCCACCGAAAUCCUCAGAUGCACCUCCCCCUUCCAAGUUCGCAAUCCGUCUCCCAGAAGACCUUCCAGACACUUCUUCAUCCUCCGGCAGGAAAGAGAUGCCCCAAUCAAUAUCCCGGGAGACCAAUCUUCUAAAAAAUUCGUCAUCUUCCACUUAUUCGGAUCCUCCAACCUGGCCUCUGAUGUCGACCAGCAGGCGAGAAAUUGACAUAUCUGCGACCCGACCUAUAUCAACAGAGUUCACAUUCUGGCCUCUCCAAGUCGAUGCGAUCAAGCACACUCGCGAUGCAUCCCCUGUUCCUCGGUCUCCAGAAGCUAGGAGAGAGUCGCAAACUCUAAAUAUUCUGGAUACUGGGAAGACAGAUGACAGCACUCCAUAUAUAUCUCUAGCACUCAAGGAAACGUUCGGUGAUCUUGAAGUUGAUCCGGAUCGAAAUGCGCGCGAAGAGGCCGAGAAGAAUACAGAGAUCGUCGCGUCACCACGGCGGGAACAGACUCAUCACAGGAGGGAACGCCCUGAUGAAAUAGUCUUUAGCCCCUUUGAGGGCCAGAUUGAAGAGCUAGCUCUAGAACAAGUUAAUGAAGCACAGAUUUCAGAGCCCUUGGUGGAGGAGCCAUUGGUAGAGGCGAGACCUGUAUCGGAGACACCGGAAAGGGAAUCGUAUUCGGAGACUGUGCAAUUUUUCAAAACUCUCGAAAGACCAGUCAACCGAUUCAAAGAAUCCGCGCAAGAACCUGCCGACAAUUCUACUAGGGAGUCUUCAAGCCAACUAACGCCAAAAACCUUGCACGAACCGCCCGAAAGACCCGGCGAGGCACCCGGGGAGCCAAGACUGGAGCAAAGGUCCUUCGAAAAACUCCCUCAAUUGACCAAAAUUCCUAAAACAGAAACAUUGGCUCUACUGCAAGAAGAAGGCCAGGUCAGAUCCAGUACCGUGCCGGAAAUCGAUAGGCUGCUCCGUAUCGUCGCACAAGAAAACGAUCUUCUUGCUGACAAGCCUUUGUUUUGGAGUGAUUUCAGGCCAGUAGCGGAAGAGGUUAAAAUGGCAAUGGAGAUGCCACCAGUGAGGGAGCGCGAAGUUGUUGUAGAGGCUUCACCAACCAUAGAGCAAAUCGAAGUUAUUGCAAAUGACAGCCAAAGAGGAAUGGCCUUAUCUCCAUUUCCUCGCAAGCCAGCUGUGGACGUCCCCUCUGUCGAACCAGAACUCUUCUCUCCAAAACAAGAAGAGCUUGAAUUCUUGACACAAAGAGAGCAAUCACCACCUCCACAUUCGCCCACAGAGGAAAAAGAGAUCUUGCCACUCCGAAUGAACCGCCAAAUACGGAAUAUCACCUCCAUAAUCGCUGAGCACGAGGCGACUUCCGAGCUCCAAGAGCCAAAUCCAGAAGAAGAAGUCGACGACUGUCAAGCAAGAGGACGCUCAAUGCUCCGAACCUCAGAUAUAAUCGAAGCCCGACUUUCUGCCAUAAUACGCACCAAAUAUUUGCCACUAUUGAACACUGCCCCGCAAGAACUCAGUAAAGAGGAGAGGGACCAAACCAUCUCCCCAUUGAGGAGAAAUCCCGUUGACCUCGCCACUGUUCUAGAUCAAAGAAACAGAACUUUGUCGCCCCUCCAACAGAACCCUUUAACGUCUACUCUAUCUAUAAAGCGGAAAUCCCGCACCCUCUCACCGCCUUCUCUACCCCGCCUCCACCCUGUCUCUCCUUCACUCUCACGAGAAGAAUCGCCACUCCGCCGAACCCCCCCGUCCCCCAUACCAUCUCAACCCCUAUCCGCUCAAGAAUCCAUUUUCGCUUCAAACACGGCAUCGAGACCGCAAAGCAAUUUUGCCUUCAGUCAGACGCUGUCGAAGUUCCAGAGUCUAGCAGAGCAGGGGACGAUAAAUGGCAGACAGGCAAGCACGGAGGUUACACAGAGAGCUAUUGCGGGCAUCUUUAUUCCGGGGAGUUUGAGGGAGCAGGCUGUGAGGAAUUUGAGUAAGAGUCGGGAGAGGAGUGCUUCUGAAAAGAGGGGAAUUUGAUAACAUAUAAGAUAUAAUAAGUGGUGGGGCGAGGGGGUGAUUGGAGAUCGAGUUGAACUGAGAAAGAGCAUUUUGAAAUGCUGUAAUCACACCCAUUUGAAAUUUUGAACACUGUAGUGUAUUUCUUCCACCUGAAGUAGGUAGUGAAGUCGGUGACUUUCACCAUUCA